AUGUCUGACACCGUGCUGCUGUUUUUGAAGGAGGCCUCCAAAAAGAGGGAGUUCCAGGUGGUCGUGGCCGAGGCGGCCCCGCGCUACGACGGCCAUAAGAUGGCGCGCAAGCUGGCGGACGCAGGCGUGCAGACCACCCUCAUAGCGGACUCUGCCGUGUUCGCUUUGAUGGCCCGCGCCAACAAGGCGAGCUGGGCCGCAUGGACGGGGCCCUGGGGGGGGGGCAAGGCCGCGGGGCAGGGGGUGCUGGUGGGCGCGCACGCCGUGCUCGCCAACGGCGGCGUGGUCGCGCCCUCCGGCAGCCACGUCGUCGCGCUGGCGGCGCGGCGCCACUCUGUGCCGCUGGUCGUGCUGGUGGGCCUGCACAAGCUGAGCCCCCUGUUCCCCCACGACCCAGACGUCACCUUCAACGAGUUCAAGUCCCCGGCCGAGGUGGCGGAUUUCGAUGUCCUCGCGGAGGCCUUUGUCCGCCGCGACGAGGGCGCGGAGCCGGUCAAUGUUGAGGUGUCAAACCCCUGCUUCGACUACGUGCCCCCGCACCUGGUCAGCCUCUUCGUCACCGACACCGGGGGUUACACGCCGUCGUACGUGUACCGCCUGCUGGCGGAGUACUACAGCAGGGAGGACUACCUCCUGAGUGCAGAGCUCCUGAACCUCAUCAACAAGUAG